UCCAAGAGCACUGUCGCUAUAGUAACUUGGCGUCCGAACGUAGGGCAGUUUUAUGGAGCACUGUAGCAGUUUAUAAACGACUGACAAGUGGUGUAAUUAAGUGUAAUAACAAUGCCGGCUUGUUUGUCCACACCACUAAAACAAAAAAAUGUUGCUAAUUUGAUUUAGCUUACAAAGUUGUCGCUACUUUGCUAUCAACAACAAGGGGCUAAUGCCAAUGCUAGCUGGAUGAAGCAAGGCUAUGUCCGGCAAUAACCUCCCGCCGGUGCGACACCUGCCACAGUGGAGCCGAGUCGGGCGUCUCGGAAUUCCGUGCCCGCCGCGACGAUUACCGCUGAACCGCCUGCAGCCACUGAAUGUGCCCGCCCUGAGGGACAGAGAGGGGCCGAAGACAGCGACAGGAGGGUCCGGCCACGGCGACGCAAACCCCCGUGUCGCAUCACUGCAGAGGAAUAUUGAGUUCUUACAGCAACAGCACAAACAAACUCUGGAGAAACUUCAUGAAGAAGUUGAGUAUCUUAGACGGGAGAACAAAGAGUUGAAGUAUAAGCUGAUCAUGGAGGAUCCCAAGUCAAGUAGAAAAGGUCAGAAAAACAGUCAGGUGGGUUUUGCUCCAGCAACUCAGGCAAAAGGACCCUCACAGCCCCAUUUGCUAAGAGAGAUUAUUGGACCCUCCAGACCUAACCGUGGCUCAGAGACGCCAGGAGCACAGCCUCGACAAGUUCAAAACAAUCCAUCAUCCCAUCCGCCACGUGCUUCCACCCUGCGGGAGUGUGAGCUCCUCAUCCGGCAGCUCUACAACACCAACAGUUUACAGUCUCAAGAAAUUGUACGCUACAAGGCUUUGCUGACAGACAUUAUGCUCAACAAGAAAAUCACUCCAGAAAACUACAAUUUGACAAAAGCAUACCUCAUUGAUGGUAGCGGCAAAUUCUCAGACAUCAACAUGUUCCCUAGACUGGGUCUGCAAACGGCAAAAACGACGGGUGUGACCCUGCCAGCGCUCACACAAAGCAUUAGCUCCACCGUGGCGGAGCGCCAGAAGAGGACUCGUGCUGUGCACAGAGGCCAUGUCAAGGCUACAGUGCGUUGAGAAGAUAACAGCUCAUCAUCACCUCGCUCACCACCAACCACCUUCAGGAUGGCUCAGGUCCAUUUUUUUAUUCCCCUCCACUGAAUGCAAUCUGGAAUGUAUUUCCAGUAGCAGACUGUUUCAGGUAUUUAUUUUUUUUUUACCCAAAAGACAGGCCAUACUUCUGUUAAACAAGUCCAUAUGUGCACUUCCUGUGGAUAUAAUGGCCAGACGACAAAAGAAAAAGACACAAAAGGAAGCUAGUGUAUCAAAUUAAACUUUAUCGUAUUUUUUUAUUAAAAGUUGGCCUGCUGUUGGACGUACUGGUUGCUUAUUUUCACCAAACGUACUUGAAUGUUGUGUGAACGUUCUUAUUAUCAUACAAAGAUUGUUAUGAUAUGCCACCAGGUAUUCAUAGUCCUCAGUUCAGUCUGUAUCUGGCAUUUGAAUUUUACAGGCAACUUUGCAUGAAAGGGGAAUUACUACACCUCUAACACAUCUCAUUAUGAUGAGGUGUUUCUGAAGAACAUCCUCCUCUUCACCUGGACAGGGAACACAAGCAAGCAUAAUGGCCGCUUGUGCUUGUUUAUGUCCAUUAUAAACAAAUAUGUCUUAUGUUUUUGCCUGUUUUUCGUAUCGGUGUCUGGAACUAGCAAGCACUACAGCCACUGAUGCUCAAUAGGCUCAGCUCUAUUAACAUGCACACAGUGUUGCAGUGGUCUGUUGAGGCAGCUGCAGCCACAAGGGAGAUGGUGACCGAAACCUCAAAAGCAGAGGAACGGCGCUACCCUUUUCUUUUUUUUUUUUUCAAAAUCUAUUCUAAACUGGUGGCAACCUCAUUGGACCACUUUUCACGCUUAGUCACUGUUACCUAACACCUUUUUUUUUAAAAUUCUAAUUUCCAUUUAUUGAGACACUGCGUUUAAAUGCACCUGCUCCCUUUCAGCAUAUUAUGUUGAGCUUCAUGCCUGAUGUCAACAGCUUUUUGUUAAGUAAAUAUCAAUUAUGAUUAUGCUAACUGUUGCCAGUGGAAUAAGUCCCUGUUGGCAGUAGUAGAAGUAGAAUGGAAAUUCUACAAAUUGCAGUUUGUUUGUGAGAAAUUGCAUGAAUUGGUUAUUACGUACAUCAGAGUAUCCUAAUUUAUUUAUUGUUUGAGUUUGAAUUUGAGUUACUACGCACAGAUAGAACAUGUACAGUGUUUACCAUACAUUCAUUUAUUUGUGGCAUCUCUCUUGGUCACUGGUGUGCAUGAGUGACGGGAAGAAAAGCUGUCAAGUUAUUUGCCACCACCUUCUGGUUUGCAUAUUUAAAUCUCUAGCCCACAAAUAUUUUCGACUUUUUCCUAGGGAAAAAAUACUAUCUUUUUUAGCAGGGGUGUCCAAAGUGCAGCCCGCGGGUCAUUUGUGGCCCGCUGUUAUUUUCUUAUUGGCCCAGGGCACAUUCUAAAACAUAAUUUAACAAGAAAAGUAGGGAAAAACAGCAAAAAAAAAAAGUUUUAAAUUAGUAGUAAUUUUACAGGAAUAAAGUCAAAAUAGUCAGAAAAAAAAUGUAAUCAAAUGAGAAAAAAAACUUAGUUUUAUUAGAAGAACUUUGUAAUAUUAUGAGGAAAAAUAACAUCAUUUUAGUAGCAUAAAGUUGGUUGGUUGGUUUAAUUUAUUUCGAACACGCAUAUGUCCGAAAAGGAGUAGGAAGAAGCAGAACUUAUUUAAUCCUACCCCCUCUUCGUAGCACAUCAAUUGCUAAUACAUGUGUGUACAUACAAACACGUGCAUACAUAUAUAUACACCUACAUCUGCACCUACACAAGUACGCACAUUUUUACAUAUACAGUAUACAGGUACACAAAUGAUAAAAAAAAAAGGUUUUAUUUUUUUUUUCCCUUUCUCCAUUUUUUCCUCCUUCUCCUUUCCUUUUCCCUUUCUAUUUAUCCUGUCCUUUCUCUCCUGAGUUGAAAUAUUAAUAAAGUUGAAAUAUUAAAAGAUUUUUUUUUAAGUCAUGAUAUUAUGAGAAACAAAACUAAAAUAAAGAAAAAUAAAGUUGUCAUUUUCGGGAAAUUGGGUUGCGGAAAAAGGUAGAAUCUUAACUAUAAUAAAGUCAAAAUAUUAUAGGAAUAAAGUCAUAAUUACAAGAAGAAAACGUACACGUUGAAAUAGUUGGAAAAUAAAUGUAAAAAAUAACAGCAGAAAAGGGGAAAAAAAAGAAAAGAAUAAAGUCAAAAUAUUAAGCGAAAAAAGUCAUAUUCUAAUGGAAAUGUGUGGACUUUGUGUGGAUAUUAUGAGGAAAAAUGAUGUCAUUUUAGUAGCAUCGUGAUAUGCCAUGUAAACAUACAGACAAACAUGCGUGUUUGGACUUAUAACCAUAGAUUAUUUUAGAAA